AAGUGCCGCGGGGGCGGGGUGGAGGGGAGCCCGGCCUGGAGCGCGUUGCUCUGCGGGGGUGGCGCGGCGUCGCUUGCCGCGGGGCGGAGCGGCGGAUGAGGCCUGACAGGAUACGCGGGUGAUGCGCGCCCCGCGGGGGCUACCGGGCCCGGCGCCGAGCCGCUGAGGCGCCGCGGGGCCCGAGCGGAGCGAAGCGACCAUGCCGUGCACCUGCGGCAAUUGGCGGCGGUGGAUCCGGCCGCUGGUGGUGCUGCUAUACAUCGUGGGGCUGCUGGUGGUCGUGCCUCUAUGCGUGUGGGAGCUGCAGAAGCUGGAGGUUGGAAUCCAUACCAAGGCAUGGUUUAUCGCAGGGAUAUUUCUACUGAUGACCAUCCCCAUCUCCCUCUGGGGAAUACUACAACACUUAGUUCAUUAUACUCAACCUGAAUUGCAGAAACCAAUAAUAAGGAUUCUGUGGAUGGUGCCGAUUUACAGUUUAGACAGUUGGAUAGCUUUGAAAUACCCCAACAUUGCAAUAUAUGUGGAUACAUGUCGAGAAUGCUAUGAAGCUUAUGUCAUCUAUAAUUUUAUGGUUUUUCUUUCAAAUUACCUAACCAACCGAUAUCCAAACCUCGUAUUAAUAAUAGAAGCAAAAGAUCAACAGAGACACCUGCCUCCCCUGUGCUGUUGUCCAUCGUGGGCUAUGGGAGAAGUUCUGUUAUUUAGGUGUAAACUGGGUGUUUUGCAGUACACUGUUGUCAGACCGUUUACUACUAUUAUUGCUUUAAUUUGUGAACUAGUAGGCGUGUAUGAUGAAGGAAACUUCAGCUUCGACAAUGCUUGGACUUACUUGGUUAUACUUAACAACAUGUCACAGCUAUUUGCUAUGUAUUGUUUAGUGCUGUUUUAUAAAGUACUACGUGAAGAACUGAACCCUAUCCAACCUGUUGGCAAGUUCCUCUGUGUGAAGAUGGUAGUUUUUGUUUCUUUCUGGCAAGCUGUGCUUAUUGCAUUGCUGGUGAAAGUUGGUGUUAUUUCUGAGAAACACACCUGGGAAUGGCAGAGCGUGGAAGCUGUGGCUACAGGCCUACAGGAUUUCAUCAUUUGUGUUGAAAUGUUCCUAGCUGCUAUUGCACAUCACUACAGUUUUUCCUAUAAACCUUACGUUCAAGAAGCUGAAGAAGGGUCAUGCUUUGACUCCUUUCUUGCCAUGUGGGAUAUUUCUGAUAUAAGGGCAGAUAUAUCAGAACAAGUUCGAAAUGUUGGAAGGACGGUCCUGGGCCAGCCAAGAAAAAUGUUUUUUGCUGAGGAUCAUGAACAAAACGAGCAUACAAGUUUACUAUCCUCCUCUACUCAAGACCCAAUUUCUGAUGCUUCUUCAAUGCCAUCAUCACCUAUGGGUCAUUACCAGGGGUUUGGACACACUGUGACACCUCUCACAACACCAACAACAGUCCCUGUAGUUGAUGGAAUUUAUAACACUUCUGCUACUCGAGACACUGAGGAAUCGCCUGAACUAAUGCACAAUUCAUCAGAGAAGGCUUUGGAUAGAAGUUAGACUCACCUUUUUUGAAUGUGUCGAGGAGCCUGUUACAUUCUUGCCACAUAUAUUUGGUUAGCAAAUACUAUUAGCACUGGAAGUUGGAUAACAUGGAGUAGCUACUGUGCGGGCAGGAGGAUAUGGCUGUAACUGACAUCUUAAUGUUCUGAGCCUAUAACAGCUAUGAGUGUCUGAGUACCCUAUGAAUAUAAAACGCACACUUUCUGCAGAAAUUCAAGAAUCACAUCCUUGAACUGCUAAACGUUUAUACAUCAGUUAUAAAAAAGUAUGGUAAAACUACGAUCCUUUCUACUAAUACAAAAGAAAAGCUUAAAAAACUAUGCUCUUCAAAACAUGAAAUGUAAAUACUACUAGCAGUGGGAAGUGUUAAAUUGGAGAAUGUAAUUUAAGGAAGGCAGUGGAAAAAAACCUCUUUAUAUUGGUUAGUUAAAUAAAAUCCCUUCAAUUAAGAUAAUUAUUACAAAGCAUCAGCUAAAAAAAAAAGUCUACUUAAAAAAAAAAAAGAAAAAGCAUUCCCUCUUAGUCUCACCAUAAAAUUCCAGGCACAUUCAUGUAGUUGGCAUAACUCUUGUUCUUGUACCUCUUUGUUUAUUGCUCUUCUGCAUUCAGAGUAUACAGCUAGGAAGGUAAGCUUUGGAUUAAUAACUUCACAUAUGAUGGCUUUUUUUCCUGUCCUUCUAGAAUAAUAGUAAGGAGAGGGAAAUAAAGGAUGUCAAAAAUGACGUAAAAAACAAAACUGACUUUGGUUUUGGCUGCAAUAAAUUCCUUAACACCUAAAUUUUUCAGCUGUUAACACAUCCUGCUUUAACAAGGUGUCUGUGGUAGUUUGUAUUCAUAAAUUUGUAUCUGUGAUUAUUGUAUUAUGCUUCUAGUAUAGCCUAUUCAAAUGUAACAAUUCAUUUGUGAGUGUCCCAGAGAAGAGACCUUUGCUAAGGUAAAAUUAAGUAGGUAGUCUAAUACUGGAGUUACUCGAGCAUUAUGUUUUAGACCAAGAAAGAGUAAAUUUGUAUCAAAACAGUUUGCAAAACUGACAAAAGCAGCUGCUUUUUUAAAAAUCCCAUUACUGGGUUUUUAUUACUAUUGCAUGUUUGCAAUCUGACAAAUUGAGAACACUAAGUGACACAUGAUUUUUUUUUUUCCAGCAUUGUUAGCGUUUACAGUUAAUGUUUAACUUCUGUCUGUCACGGUGGAAUUCAUCUUAAGUGCUUAUUUUGCAGUACUAGUGUGAUGUAAAUACUGCGCCUUACUCACUAGGCUGCGUAUUUUAUAGUUGACUGUAUUUGCUCUAUCUGAAGCUAGGGGAAAAGUGCAGAUCGUACUUUCCACUUUGCCAAGUCAUUGCCUUUGUUGUAAAUAAGCAAUUAAAUAUUUUAUUUAAACUGUUUGGCUUUUUUUCCAUUUGAUUUAUUGCUACUGUCAUUAAGAAUGUAAAUGACAGAUGAUGACAACUGUUCUCUUUGUGAAGAGGAUCUUGUGCAUAACUACUAGAAGUGCUUGUAAUUUCUUUCAGUGUUUUGACUAUAAUGAAAGAAUUCUUCCUGGAGCUUAUCAGGAAUCAGACUUACUUAUGCUUGACUCAAUCUUUUUCUUGUUAACAGCCAUGUUUUAAAAAGAGUAAAUAACAACAACUUGUAAAAGGUUGAAGUGGGUGGGGGACUUCCUGUUUCAUCUACCAUGUGCAUGAAAAUGGACAACUCUGAAGAGCCUCUGUCCUACUCUUAGAUUUUGUUAUGCAUUGUAUAGAGGAUGGGAUCUGGUUAAUUUUAAGAGAACUUAAUCACCACUUCUGUUUUCAAAAUCAAUUGCAGACCUGUCCUCCCCUGUUCUAGAAGGAGCUUUAUUACAGCAGUCUUAGGAGCUGCAGGCUGAGACACCCAUGGCUCCAACAGAACUACUCGGUCCCUCAAGUUGAUCCCAGAUAGCCUAAAACAUUCACCUCAUGGAGAGUACACACUGAUUUUGUAUACAACGAGACUCCAGAAAAAUUGUCUGUGAAUGCCUCUUCUACAAGCUUUUGUUAAGGACACUGCAGAAGUGCACUGUACAUGGAAUGGACAGCAACAACAUUAGAAAGAAACUUAAUGUUUGGUACAGAAAUACCUCGUCCCUCUCUUCCCUAUGUAGCUACAGGGACAGAAUCAGUGCUGAGAGAUGACUUGUUAAUCCUUCAUCUGAAUAGAACAUUAAGAAAUGCUGUUAUAUUGCAAUGUGACACUGGAAGAAUUGUAUACAAAUGCUUGUGGUGGCUGAUGUAAUAACUUGUAUCAGCUUUCUUAAGAGGAAAAAAAGGUUAUAUUACCAGAAAUAUGACUCUCUAAGAAACUCUAAAA